ACAUGUCACUUUCGGGGUCAAGGCCGCCUGUUAGAUAAAUACUUUGUUUCCACCCAGACUUUGCGCAGUUAUCCGUGUGAAUUAGGUGUUGUCAUCUCACAAAAACUUAAUUAUGGCUGGCAGAGACAAAGCUACAAAUCAAAUGGAGGAAUUUAAGAGCUCUCAGGGGUCCCCCGAUAUCCUGACCACAGGUAUUGGGUCUCCUGUGGGAAAUAAGAAUGCCAGCCAGACGGUGGGUCCGCGGGGCCCAGUGUUGUUACAAGACUUUGUGUUCACAGAUGAGAUGGCCCACUUCAACAGAGAGAGGAUUCCAGAGAGAGUGGUCCAUGCCAAAGGAGCAGGAGCGUUUGGUUACUUCGAGUGCACACACGAUGUAACAAAGUAUACGAAGCUUGCGCCAUUUGGGUUCGUUGGAAAGAAGACCCCUCUUGCUGUCCGCUUCUCAACCGUUGGUGGGGAAUCUGGGUCAGCAGACACAGCACGUGACCCUCGAGGGUUUGCGGUCAAGAUGUACACGGAGGAGGGAAACUGGGACAUGGUCGGAAACAACACGCCCAUCUUCUUCAUUCGGGAUCCCUUCCUGUUCCCCAGUUUCAUUCACACACAGAAGAGAAACCCCCAAACUCACUUGAAGGAUCCAGACAUGUUCUGGGAUUUCAUCAGUCUGCGUCCAGAGACCGCUCACCAAGUUUCGUUCCUUUUUUCUGACCGAGGUACACCCAAUGGCUAUCGUUUCAUGAACGGUUACGGAAGCCACACAUUCAAGCUCGUCAACAAGGAGGGAAAGGCCGUAUACUGUAAAUUCCACUGGAAGUGUGACCAGGGCAUCAAAAACCUUUCCGCGGACUCCGCUGGGGAGAUCUCAGGCACAGACCCAGACUAUGCAAUGCGCGACCUGUAUAACGCCAUUGCUGAGGGAAACAGCCCUUCAUGGUCCCUCAAGAUUCAGGUGAUGACGUAUGAGGAGGCUGAGAGGUUCAGAUGGAACCCAUUUGACCUUACCAAGAUUUGGCCCCAGGGUGAGUUCCCCCUAAUUCCAGUAGGGCGGAUGGUUCUCAACCGUAACCCUAAGAACUACUUUGCGGAGGUGGAACAGAUUGCCUUCUCCCCGGCUCAUAUGAUCCCUGGAGUGGAGGCCAGCCCCGAUAAGAUGCUCCAGGGUCGUCUGUUUUCCUACUCCGACACACAUAGACAUCGCCUCGGAAGCAACUACUUGCAGAUUCCCGUUAACUGCCCCUACAAUGCUCGUCUCAAGAACUACCAGCGGGACGGACCACAGUGUGUCACAGAUAACCAGGGUGGAGCACCAAACUAUUUCCCAAACAGUUUCCAAGGGCCGGUGGACGACCCAAAAUGGCUGGAACACAUGGACAAGCAUUCUAACGGGCAGGUCGGGCGAUACAACACUGCCGAUGAUGACAACUUCACACAAGUCGGAACAUUCUUCAACAAGGUCCUGACAGAUGAAGGCCGCGAGAACCUGACAUCGAACAUUGCCGGUCAUCUGAUCGGGGCACAGGAAUUUAUUCAGAAGCGCGCCAUCGGAAACUUUGCCAAGGCAGAUCCAAUGUAUGGACGCAUGAUCCAGGAAAAGAUUGACAAACUGAAGGCUAAGAACCAGAACACAAGUAUGCAACAUACCCAUCUGUAACAGUGAGCAAACCGGUUGCAGCGCAGUUGUGAAGGAUUCAUAUAUAAACAGAUCUUUUACAGAAGAAGAAACAUAAUUGUUCAAACUUUUGCAAUUUAAGUUGUGACGAGAAUAUUAUGCCUUUCAUUCAUUUUGGGCUUUGAAUGAUAAGUAUGAUUAUUUGCAAUGAUAUCUUAAGACUAACAUUGGUCUAAGAUCUAAGUGACUGUAAGAAUUUGAAAAUCGAAAAUUACUUCCUUAUGUGAAGAAGUGUUAUAUUUUCUGGAAAAUUGGGAAUAUAAUUUGACAACUGGUGCAUUGAACCUAUAUAAUUGUUGUUUAAAGGUUGUAAAUACUGUUUUUAUUAUUUGAAAAGACCACUUUAUAUUAUAUUUGAUUUUAUGUAUGAAUGAUGAUAGAAACAUCACAUUAUCGCAAUUGAGUGCUUACAGUAUUACCAAGUAUGGAAACAUUGAUUUACAUUGAUUUUGUAUUUUCAUGAAACAUAAACUGUUUUGCUGGUUAUCACGAAAGACUGACAUUAUCAGUUAAUUAAAUUGAUAUUUUCUCUGUAACUUAAAUUGAAUGUUGAUUACAUUGUUAAAUUUCAAUAUUGAUUAUUUGAAAUAUUACGACAUAUAUUAUGCUCAAAACAUUUUGGCAUUAUAAUCAUUGAUUUUUUGUUAAUUAUCAUUCAAUUUUGUGUAUUUGAAGGCAAAUUACCAUAGAUGAAGUUCUGUGUCUUUAUUGUAAUCAGUGAUCAUGUGUCUAGCAAACAUUUCAAUGUAGUUGACAUUAAUAAACAAUUUAUAAUAAUAAA